AUGGCUUCGAACUAUACUGGAAGUGCCAGUGCUACAGCUAAUGCGCAAGGUGGUACAGAUCAAAACUUUGAUUAUAUGUUCAAACUACUAAUUAUUGGCAAUUCAUCAGUUGGUAAAACAUCAUUUCUGUUCCGGUAUUGUGAUGAUUCAUUCACCUCAGCAUUCGUUUCAACUGUUGGUAUUGAUUUCAAGGUGAAAACUGUUUUUAGAGGUGAUAAACGAGUCAAGCUGCAAAUAUGGGAUACGGCUGGUCAAGAACGCUAUCGCACUAUUACUACAGCAUAUUACAGAGGUGCAAUGGGUUUCAUUCUAAUGUAUGAUAUAACCAAUGAAGAAUCAUUCAACAGUGUUCAGGAUUGGUGCACACAAAUUAAAACUUAUUCUUGGGAAAAUGCUCAAGUGGUUCUGGUUGGAAAUAAAUGUGAUAUGGACGAUGAGCGCGUUGUUUCAUUUGAAAGAGGGCGGCAGUUGGCUGAUCAACUUGGAUUACAAUUUUUCGAAACUUCUGCGAAAGAAAAUAUUAAUGUAAAAGCUGUUUUCGAAAAGCUCGUCGAAAUAAUUUGCGAUAAAAUGGCUGAAUCGCUAGAUUCUGAUCCUCAAGCCGGGCAUCCGAAAGGUCAUCGUCUAGAUGCAACGACGACACAAAAGCCGCCUAACCAACAGUGCAAUUGUUAA